AUGGCUAGUACUCACCGAGCUCCAAAGCAAUGGUGCCUUUCAAAGAUCGAGACUAUAACUAGCUUUGAAAACUGGAGGCAGAAUUUAAUCUACACUUUGUCACUUGACAGCAAUUUCGCACCAUUCCUGGCCGAAGACGCUACGUGGGGAAAGAAGACUAGGGCUCAGCCUUUACGUGGGUUUACAGAUGACGGCGAAGCCGUUGCCCAGAACAGUCGUCAAACAGCCCAACAGAAAGUAAAUUUCUUGGAACUUAUGCUUGGUCAAAUAGCAAAUUAUUGCCCAAUCAUAUCUAGGAACACUUUGGUAAAAAAUUCAACCUCUAUACAGUCUAUCUGGAAUACAAUACGAGAACACUUUGGUUUCCAAGUGACAGGAGCACACUUUCUUGAUUUCGCAAAUCUACGCUUAGAAACAGACGAGCGUCCUGAAGACCUAUACCAGAGAUUAGUAGCCUUUGUCGAGGACUGUUUACUUCGAGCUAACAGCCUCUCCCACCAUGGGGUGCAGCUUGCUGAAGAUGAGGAGUUAUCACCAACUGUUGAAAAUCUUAUUGUUCUCACUUGGCUCAGACUUAUCAACCCUGAGUUACCAAAAUUAGUAAAACAAAGGUACGGCACAGAGUUAAGAUCACGAACACUGGCGUCUAUCAAACCAGAGAUAUCACAGGCCCUGUCCUCAUUGCUGGAGGAAAUUCAUUCAGCUGAUGAUGCCAAAAUAAUGCGUACAGCAGUUAGCAGCUAUCGAAAGCCUGGUAGUGAGAGACUGCUUGCUAGACCAAAUACCAGAUCAAAUCGACCACUUAAGUCAUGUCCCCUUUGCAAACAAGCUGGCCGCACUAACAGCAGCCACUUUUUGAGUGAAUGUAACUUCCUGCCAGACCAAGAUCGCAGAUACAUGGUAAAAGCCAGACAGAUUGCGGAGAUUUUAGAAGAUAUCCCCGAAUCCGAGAGUAGCAUAAAUCGAGCUGAUCCCGCUUGUGAUCUGAGAGAUGAAGAGCCGAAGACCAGUUCCAGAGCCUACCGCAUUCAGACUCGACAAUCCCCAUAUGUGGACAUGUUCUAUGACCAUCAUCCAGUGCGUAUAACAAUAGAUAGCGGAGCAACUGGGAACAUGAUUCGCCACCGAACGGUUCAGCGCCUCGGUUGUCGUGUAGCAGAGAGUUCCCAAUCAGUCCACCAGGCAGAUGGUUCAUCCCCUCUUCAUGUUGUUGGCGAGACACGCCUUUCAUUUCACCGUGAUGGCAAAGAAUUCAUCUUUGAAGGACUGGUGAUUGAGAACCUGGACGUGGAUGUAUUGGCAGGUACACCUUUCAUGGAAACCAAUGACGUUGCAGUCCGCCCAGCAAAGCGACAAGUAAUACUUAGUAAUGGUUCAGCCUAUACAUAUGGAUCGGUGCAAUCUCAAGCAUCAACCGCAGCAGCACGCCGUGCAUUGGUGCUCCGUGCCCCUCCAACAUCAACGACGGUCUGGCCUGGUGAAUUCGUUGAGAUAGAGCUACCAGGUGAUAUUCCAGCAGAUACAGAGUAUGCCUUAGAGCCUCGAAUUGAUGCCCCCAGUGUAAAGAGAUUAACAGCAUCCCAAUUGUGGCCCUGUCCCAACAUAGUGUCAAGUGUCGCAGGGAGAAUACGAAUUCCAAAUCUCUCGUCAGAACCUCGGUCGUUAAAGCGAAACGAGCAUUUUUGUCAGGUACGGCCAGUGUAUACACCUGAAUUAAACUGUGGUGAUCACAAACUAGCAGUCCACCCAGCUCCUAAGUCGUUACAAACCCAUACGUUUUCGUCGGAUGUAUGCCUUGACCCAGACAACCUCCUGCCACAAGACGUCAGAAGGAAGUUUACCUUACUUAUGGAGUCCUAUGACGAUGUUUUCGACCGAGAUAUCAAGGGCUAUAACGGAGCAGCAGGCUCAUUUGAAGCUAAGGUGAACAUGGGACCUGUGGAACCACCUCAGCGAAAGGGUCGCCUACCUAAAUAUGCCCGUGACCAGUUGCAGGAGCUUCAGGCAAAGUUUGAUGAACUUGAAAAGUUGGGUGUUUUCAAGCGUCCGGAAGAUGUCAAUGUUUCAGUGGAGUAUCUGAACCCGUCAUUUCUUGUGAAGAAGUCGAGCGGUGGCUCCCGCCUUGUAACUGCCUUCGCAGAUGUUGGUCGUUAUAGUAAACCACAGCCUUCAUUGAUGUCAAAUGUUGAUUCUACCCUUCGCCACAUAGCUCAAUGGAAACACCUAAUCGCUACAGAUCUAACAAGUGCCUCUUAUCAGAUUCCACUCGCACAUGAGUCUAUGAAGUAUUGUGGUGUUGCUACUCCUUUUCGCGGUGUAAGAGUAUACGUGCGUUCUGCUAUGGGCAUGCCGGGCUCGGAAACCACACUUGAGGAGUUCAUGUGUAUACAGAGUGCUGGGUAA